CUUAAUCCUGCAAUGAAAAACGAACAAGACAUAACCUUAGACUUUAGAAUCUUUCCCCGGAGUAUAAAUUAAUUUCAUAUAUAAUGUUAAUAUUACGAGAAAAUUUUCAUUAUUAUUGAAGUCUUAUUGUAAGUAAUCAUGAUAAGUAAUUUGAUUUUAAAAAAUGUAAUUGACAGAAGCCACAAAUCUUAAACUUUUUGACAUUUCAGUGUUUAAAAAAAGGUCAAGGAUUUUUUGGUGACCUCUCUUUCCUUCAUCGCUAGUAGUAGUAAUAGACUUUAACUACUUUAACUUUAAGAGAAUACUUCAUUUUUUUUAGGAGAGCCAGUCAAAAUGGGAACCAGAUCCUCUAUGUUACAGGAAGAAGAAAUUACAGAAAUUCAGAAAGAAACUGGGUGUAAGACUUUUUGUUUAUAUUAAUUUAUAGAACUAUGUUUUCAAGUUGGUCUCGUCUUUGCCAGAGAGACAAUACAACCCCAAGGCCCAAGUACUAGUAGACUCAUUAUUCCCCGGGGCUCCCGUUGACAAGUCUGUGGUGGCUUGCCGAUUAGGAGGCGUCUGCCACAGGCCCCCUUGACGUUACUCGGGGAACAAGACCACCAUUGCGUGUCCCGUGUGAGCAGACAAGGGACAUGCAUGGUACCUGCAGGGCUCCUACAGGCAUGCCAUUCAUGACCUUUCACAGUUGAAAGUAAAGGCAGAGACAGGGUAGGGAUCAUGAUUACAAGUUGCUGUUAAUGGAUAUGAAGAGAGAGGCUAUAGGGGAAGCCUCUAGCCGAUGAUUUUACGUAUGCAGCCCUGAAAAAGCUGCUUCAAGGCAACCGUUUUGUCCCAGCCACUUGUCAAACUAGUUGAGUGGUAGAAACCCGCUUAUAGGGCAUCCGACGCUUCCCCGGGGUGGGUGGGGGAAGAUAUUAGGACAUAAAUUUACCAUCCCGACUCAUAAGAAAGUUGAUCGUGUGCACUGUGUGUAUGCACAGUGUCAGACCGACCGGGUGUCCUUGGUCGGGUUGGGGCGGCCUACAGCGGAACCUGAUCGAGCGGACUCAGGUGGGGGAUUUCCUGGUAAAGGGACAUCUCCAACGUGCCACUUCACGGCCAAAUACCCGGGCUUUGGCUUUGGGGAGGGCAUAAUGAGCUUUAGCUUGACGGCCCGCUGAUGCCAUUUCCUAAUGUGAAAUUUCAGUAGACUCAUUCAUUUUUGUGUUAGUCUUGUUGAUUGUGUUGUUGAUAAAAAUUUAAAAUUGUAUAGUUUUAUCAAGUUGUAAUAUUGUUAAUAAAAUGAGUAAAACAGAGUAUGGUUAAACCUGAAAAAUUAAACGUAACAAAAAGUAUGCUAGAAUUUCCACACUUCUAUUGCUGCCCACAGAUACUACUUACCAGCUAAGUGCUAUUUCUUAUUUUUAUAACGUUUUUUCUGUUGUUUUGUUCGCUGACGAAGGCUUUCUGCCGACACGUUCGCUGUUUUGUUACGUUUAAUUUUUCAGAUUUAACCAUACUGUUUUACUCAUUUUAUUUUGUACUAACCUGAUUGCAGUCUCUCCCCUUAUUACCCCUAAUAUUGUUAAUGUUGGCCUGGGCCAGUGGUCUGCAAAAUUUUGCAAAGAUUGAAGAGCCAUUUUAUAAAUUAUAUCUUAGUGCUUGCUAAGAAAAUAUAAGUAUAAAGUUUCAAGGGAGCCACAUGUUGUUGGUGGGCCAUAUGUUAGUCUAAAGGAUAAAAUCGCCCAAUCCAACUCCGGCCUUAAAUUAAAUCAGGCUGAGAAAUCAUUUUCAAAUUAAAAACUGUCCAUUAAAAAUAUAAAAUAACUCCCUUAGAUUUUCAAUAGAUCACAUAUUCAGGUUUCAAAAGCAACUGCUGUUUUUCAAUACUAUGAAUAAAAUAUCCAUAGCCAGCCUAUUAAUCUCAUGUAUAUGUGAAUAUUGGUAUUUGAACCCUAAUGGCUUGGAUUUAUGACAUCUUCAUGCAUUUCUCUCCAUUGUUAUAUGACAUAACUUGUCUUGUCAUGUGUUGCUUAAAAAAAUGUGUUGGCUAAAGGAAGACCUACGUAUCACUGGAUCUAGACACAGAGCAAGUAAAAAAUAAAUUAUUCAUACUAGAAAUUAUUGAGUCGAUGUAUAAUAAUCUAGAUGUUUAAAUAGCUAGUGUCAUAUUCAGUAUAUCCCAUAACCAUUUUAGUAAUGCAAGCUGCACUACGGCAUCAUGUAGACUGCAUAGUGCUGGUGAGCUGUGCUGCAACUUUCCCUAAGAAAAGUAAAACCUUUAUUAUUACAUGUUCAAAUGCAGUUUUCUUUCUUAGUCUCAAGCAAUCAGAUAGUCCGCCUCUACAGCAGAUUUACAAAUCUUGAUAAGAGCGAUCAAGGCUUUUUAAGGUACAUGUUCUAUUUAAAAAAAUAAAAAAACUUAAAAAUUCAUCUUUCUAUUAAAUUGCUCAAUGCAAAAAUGUGAAAAUGAUCCUUUUAGAAUGAAGAUGCUUACAAAUUUAAAAGUUUAAAACUAGUAAUAAAAUAUUUGUGAGUAUUCCUAUAAUACAAUGUUAUUAUUUAAUUAUUUUUUUUUUAACUUUGCUUCUCAGAAGGGCUGAUUUCCUGCGAAUACCAGAAUUAGCUAUAAAUCCAUUGGGAGACAGAAUAGUACAUGCCUUUUUCAAAGAAAGGUAAUAUAUACAUAAAUAGUUUUCUCAAUUUAUUAAGAUGUCACUUUAAGAUGUUCAUUUGAAUGUCCUUAAAUAUAACAUUGAAAGAUUUCUAAGUAUGACAUUAGUUUUUUUAAGGAAUGCUUCAAUUAAUUUCAUGGGAGUGUUUUUUGCACAGGUAUUAUUUUUUUAAAAAAAUAUUACCGGUAUAAAAUUUUUUAACCAUUUUAUAACAUUGAGGGUAUAUUAAUUUAUUGAUAUAUUUAAUCAUAAAUAGUAAUAAUUUCAAUUUACAUUACAAAUAUUUUCAGUGAUGCAUUAUAUUGCAAUAAAUAUUUUUGUUAAAAACAACAUACUUAUCAAUUUUUCUAGCAAUUCUGAUACUGUAAAUUUUCGUGAAUUUAUGAGAGUCUUGGCACGCUUCAGACCUGUGAAGAAAAAUGCACAGAAAAAUAAACUUAAUGACAGAGAGGAAAAGUUAAAAUGUAAGUUUGUUCAUACUAAAUAAUUAAGGUAACAUUAAAUCAACUACACAUUGUCAAUGGUUAAAAUAAUUUACAUAUAUAUUUUAAAUUCUUUAAAUAUUGAGGUUUUUUUUAGCAUUUAAUUUUUGUAAAAAUGUAUUACUUAACUAAUUAAUAAUAUUGUAAUGCAUAGAAUUUUAACUUAAUUUUUUAUGAUUUUCAAUAGUUGCAUUUAAAAUGUAUGAUCUCGAUGGUGAUGACUUGAUCUCACGUGACGAGUUGUUAAAUGUACUUCACAUGAUGGUUGGUGCAAAUAUCUCUGAUGAACAGGUUAGGAUGGGCUAUGAGUCUCUUUUUAUAUUUUUUAAGCUUUGAUUUUUGUUUUGUUAUAUUCAAAGGUUAAGAUAAUUUAAAUGUACAUAGUUUAACUUUAAAGUGAUUUUUUUAGAGGGGCUGGAGAGUAUUUAUAGAUCAAUACCUUAAAAUAAAUUAGUUGAAAUAAGGUCUAAACAAAUUUGUUAGAUGUCAGCUUACCCCAAAAAUGAAAUACAAACAAUUUUAAAGAUAUUUAUUUUUAUAGUCAUAAUUAUUUCAUUAAAAAGACAAAAACAUUUUCCCUAGUUUUAAAGCCUGUAUGUUAGAAUUUCAUUAAGUUAAUUACUUAAAGUUAGCUCAGUAACAGCUGCUGUUCACAAAGAUAAUAUUGCGCAUGUAUUCUAUAUAUAACAGAUAUUUACAUUUUCUUACUGGUGGUUUUAAUUUUAAUACUUAAAAAACUCAUGGGCACACAAUUCAUUAAAAAAAUAUAACUUGGAAAACAUAUCUAUGCUAUAACAUUAAAGUUCUUAUAAGCAAUAUAAUGUUAACAACUUGAAUACAAAAAUCCAGAAAGCAAGAGGUGUCUUCUUCUUCUUCUUCUCUAUCUUAAGUAAGGGCCCACGAUCCAUUUAUUGAUCAUUUUGGCUCCUAUGCAUGUACAUGGGAUUUGCAAUGUUUCUGUUAACUGGUGUGGAUGAGGAAAUCAUGCACCAGGGGUUUGAAGGCUUGAGGCAAUAGACACAAAUGUGUCUAGUGUUGUCGCCUCAACCGUUCCUUUUGAAAGAUUGUUCCAGUCCCUGAUUGUCUUGGGCAGGAAUGAGCAGCUCCUAUACUGGCUUCUUGCUGGUAUGAGCCUGAAUUGCCUGUCAUGGCCUCGUCGCUGUCUAUGUGUUAAUACUGGAACAGUGGACCAGCCCAUUAUUUAUCUUGUACAUCAUGGAGAGCCUGGAUUGUCGUCGUCGUUUCUCCAAUGGUGACCAGCCUAGUGUUUCUAGCAUGCUGCCAACACUAGAGGUAUUCCUGUAGCGGUUUAGGACAAAGCGUGCUGCUCGUCGCUGGACCGCCUCCAAUCUGUCAAUGCUCUUCUGGGUAAAUGGGUCCCAGACUGAAGAUGCAUAAUCUAAAAUCGGACGGAUAAAGGCUUUAUAUGCUCUUUCUUUCACACAGGAGUUGCCAAUCUUUAGAUUUCGCCUUAAGAAAUGCCAUGUUAAGAAAUAUGUGGUGGUCUCAAUCUUCUGCAUUAAAACAAAAUUUAAGAAGCUUUGGGUCCAGUGUAUAAAAUCUUUGGGUCCAGUGUACACAAUUUUUGGAUCGAGUGUACAAAAUACAACUAAAACAUGGAGGCAAACAGUGGCAAGCAAUAAAAAUGUUCAGAUCCUCAUCAAGAAAUACUUGAGAUGAAUAUUUAACAUCAAAUGGACGGGCUGAGUAUAAAAUGAAAAUGUUUGGUAAAGGACCAAAAAGGUGCUCAAGUACCCUGCAGAGGCUAACCAUCUGAGGAAUUUUUGAGUAACCGAUUAGAGAAAAUAAUUUUUAAAAUUCAUUAAUUUUUAAACAAAAAAAUUAUUUGGUAAUUUUAAAGUUUUGGCAAUAAAUAAAUUUACCUAUUCCCAACUGGUGUAACUGAUGCGCCCGAAGGUCUAUCCGCAUGUCCUGACACACCUCACUCAUUGUUAUUUGAAAAUAGCAAUGAAAUCAUGCGGCCUCCUGUCACAGUAGUAUUGAUGUUGAUGUGAUUAAUACCAGGCCGCUCCUCCUCUCUGUGAUAGUUCACUAAUCCAGACGUUGAGGAAUACAACGAAGACAACACAGAACCCCAAUGAAUGACCAAGAAACUCCUCAGCACAGUUAUAAAUAAUAGAAUGUAUUGAUCAAUCUAAUAAAAUCCAGUAAUGUCUCUUUUCCAACCAUUAACACUUUGCUACUUGCCUGUCUCUAAGUCUAUCAUUGAUUAUAGUCAUUAACACUAAAUCUGUCACUGCCUGUCUCUAAGUCUAUCAUUGAUUAUAGUCAUUAACACUAAAUCUGUCACUGCCUGUCUCUAAGUCUAUCAUUGAUUAUAGUCAUUAACACUAAAUCUGUCACUGCCUGUCUCUAAGUCUAUCAUUGAUUAUAGUCAUUAACACUAAAUCUGUCACUGCCUGUCUCUAAGUCUAUCAUUGAUUAUAGUCAUUAACACUAAAUCUGUCACUGCCUGUCUCUAAGUCUAUCAUUGAUUAUAGUCAUUAACACUAAAUCUGUCACUGCCUGUCUCUAAGUCUAUCAUUGAUUAUAGUCAUUAACACUAAAUCUGUCACUGCCUGUCUCUAAGUCUAUCAUUGAUUAUAGUCAUUAACACUAAAUCUGUCACUGCCUGUCUCUAAGUCUAUCAUUGAUUAUAGUCAUUAACACUAAAUCUGUCACUGCCUGUCUCUAAGUCUAUCAUUGAUUAUAGUCAUUAACACUAAAUCUGUCACUGCCUGUCUCUAAGUCUAUCAUUGAUUAUAGUCAUUAACACUAAAUCUGUCACUGCCUGUCUCUAAGUCUAUCAUUGAUUNUUUUCCCCCCCCCCCCCCCAGUCAUUUGUGACACCCCAUCCCCCCUAUAAAUUAUCUAAAGAAGCAAUGGAGCGCCACUGUUAAACCCACCCUCAGUCAUUUGUGACACCCACCCACUCCCCCUGUUGAUUGCAUGAUUCUGCAUGAUUUCAAAAAAGAAAACAUGAAGUUUAAAAAAAAAUUUACGUUUAAUCUAUGUAUGAUUUUUGUAUAUUAGAAUUAUGCAAAAAUUAAUUUUGAUCUAUGCCAUAACCAUUCUAAUUAUGGAGAAUGCUGUAAGAAAAGUUAUUUUUCUGAUUAUAAAAUUUAAACAUGGUUUUCUUGUUUCUGAUGCAAUUCAUUAUUCAUUAUUUUAGAUUGUUCUUGUACUUGACACUCUUUUCUAAGUACAUUCAAAGUUUCAACUCACUGUCUGGAAAUUAGACUUUUUGAAAUGUAUUUAUUAUGUAAUAAUUAUAAAUUAUAAGAUUAAGUUUAUGUAAAAUACUAAUAAAUUUAUUCAUAUGCAAAAUAUCUCUUCCAUUAGCUUGGAAGCAUUGCAGACCGAACUAUUUCAGAGGUUGAUCUUGACGAUGAUAAGAACAUUUCUUUUGAUGAAUUCGUUAAGGUAAUGUAUACUCAUUGCUUUUUACUCCAUUUGUUAACUUAACCAGAAACAUGUAAUGUUGCAUUAGUAGUUAUGUGAUUAUCUUAUAUUGCAAAAAUAUUACAUCAAAGUUUAUUUAUGUAACACAUUCAAUGAUUUGUAGCAGAGGUGUACAAUGUAACAAUAUGUUUGCACUGUGAUGUAUUAUUUUCCUUGAAAUAUGUUGAAUUUUGAUCCGUCAAAUAAAUCUCUCUGAAUACAUUCAUUAUUUCAGGCAAUGGAACGAGUGGAUGUUGAACAAAAAAUGAGCAUCAGGUUCCUGAAUUAGAUCAAUUUCAAUACACGGCCAUCAUCGUCUGCUACUAAUAAUGCACACUGACUUUGUCCAUUAUUAAAGAUUCAGUCCCCCGAAAGCAUAACAAAAAGCAGAUGUUUCUUUUAAUAACAUGUAUGUACCAUGGGAAAUAACAAAAUUGAAAAUAUAUAAUUAACUAUAUUAAAAUCCCUUAAUUUUGUCUAAAGACUGCUUAUUAUUGUUGCUAUACAUUCCAAAAUAUCAUUUUUGUUUGGUUGUUUUUUCAAAGGCUAAUAAGCUAUUAAAAUUGAAAAGCUCAAUGCUAUUGAAAUGUGUCAUUUAUUGGGUAUGUCCACAAUUUUGUGAAACAGUGUAGCUUGCUCUUGGACACCUUCCACUUUUUUUUUCACUUUCUGGGAGUUCUUAAUUUCUGUUUGAUUGUCCUAAACUCUAUUCAAGUAAGUAUGGGCAAUUAUAACAGACCCAAUAAUAAUAUAAUUUAUUUUGUUAAAUUCAAAAUUAGCAUACUUUCUGAAAAAAUUUCUUUCCUUUUAAUUUAUGAUGCACUCAUUCAGUCAAUGUUUACACAGCCAAAUCAUCACAGCGACCAUGAAAGCUGAACAACCUCACUUGCUCUUUUUCCCCCAUUUUUUCUAAUCAGUCGUACCCCAUGGCAUUCUUCAUUGAACAAGUGGUAUACUUAAACUGUAGAAUAAUUUAUCUUCAAAUCAGUCUCACUGGAAAGAAAAAUUUGUUAAAUGAAGGUUCAGUUGUAACAGCUAGUCAUUUAAGAAUAAAAUUGUACAUGUUAUUGGAGAACAUUAUAAUUGUAAGGGAAACAUCAGAAAUUAAAUGUAUGCUUUCCUGGUAUUUUUUAUACUAAGAUGUGAUGAUCUUUAAAUAGAUUUGUAAAUAUUUAUUUAUAUGAGGGUAGGGAUUGUAACAUUGACAUUUUUUGUUAGUUUCAUAAUGAGUUUCAGUUUACUGUUAAAAUUUUUAGCAAUAUGGUUUGAUGUCAUCCUCCCCAUGGAGACAGCAAAUAUUGCUUUCAAUCUCACAAAAAUACUUUGUCACAAAGGCUGGAAACAAAAUUAGUCUCCCAUUACUGAUACAGAUAUGUUUUUAAACUUAAAUAUUUAUUGAUAGGAUAUUUUUAUGCUUUAUAAAUCUAGUUUACAUAGUGUUCAUAUUAAAAAAAUACUUUUACUGACCUUUUAAGAUCAAUACUUCAUGCAACCUACUUCAUCCCUUUAGUAAAUUAAUUUAUAAAAAGUAUAUCUUUUUAAUGGGAGGCAUUCAUGAGUAUGGGCUCAAGAUUCUAGUAAUUUUUUUAACAAAAAGUAUUCCACUUUUCUACUACUUGACUCUAAGAAUUUUUAUGUAUAUACCAGUUAUUGAAAAAGUUGCAUUUUUUUGUUAUCUCUUAUUAGUCUUAUUGAUAUUGCAUUUUAUUUUAAUCUAAAUUUAAUAGUCUAUUGUAUUUAUUUCUUUGCUUAUAGUUUUCUGAAAUUGAUGAAAAUACUUUUAAUCAAACAUCAAAAUAUAGUUCAUCUGGAAUUAAGAUCAGACAUCUGCACCAUGUAAAAGAUUAUUUCAAUUCUGUUCACCAAAUUAUUUUGUGUAUUCACGAAAUUAAAUAAUCCAUGAACCGUUUCUAUUUUUAAGUAACAUAUUUUUGAAUUUAGUUUGAAAUUCUAUCUCAUUGUAUUUUCAAAAAUGCUCUUAAACUUAAAUUUUAAAUAAAUUAUGCAUUUUAUUAUUUUUUUGAAAGAGCUGUGUCAUCUAUAAUCUUUUUAUUCAAACAUUUUUAUCAAUGGUACAAUUUGUCAAAUGAAAAAAGUUACUCUGUUGGUGUAAGUGAAAUAAAAACGUCAAAUACUUAUUAGAGUAUCCAAUUUAUUUACUUCAGAUGUGGUCAAAAUUGGGCUUAAAGUGCUUGAA